AUGUCGAACAACGAUAAAACUAAUGAAUCAUUUGAGAAAUCAAUCAAAAGACCUAUCCUACCAGAAACUAUUGCACUAAUUGGAGGGGGAUUGCAUUCUGGUGUUGUACUUGAUUUAAUCGACUGUAUCAAUGCAAAAGCGAAGCAAUUUUUAGUGGCAGGCUAUUAUGAUGACAAUGAAAAGAGUUCAAAUCUAACUAUACCAUACCUUGGCACUAUUGACGAUUUAAUCCAGCAGUACAAUAAUAGCGCAUCAACAAUACAGACUUCGUUGAUUAAUUGCAUUGGUGAUAAUGUUGCGCGAAAAAGAAUAGUUGAAAGAAUCUUGCAAACUACUUUUGGUUCGUCAACAGCUAAGUGGGCUACUCUAGUUCAUCCAUUCUCUAGUGUUUCUCAAUCUGCUAAUAUCUGUGAAGGAGCGGUUAUCUGCGCAGGCUCAGUAGUUGGUCCUCACGCUGUUGUAGGUUUGCAUAGUAUUAUCAAUACAUCGGCAUCUGUCGAUCAUGAUUGUAAGAUUGGCGAUUUUGCGCACAUUGCACCUGGUAGCCAUUUGUGUGGUUUAGUACACGUCGGAAAUUUAACUUUAGUAGGUGUUGGUUCUCAAAUCAUACCCAAAGUAUAUAUUGGCCAAGAAAGCAUUAUCGGAGCAGGCGCAACAGUACUCGCAAAUGUUGCUGACAAGACUACAGCUGUCGGUAUUGUGAAAUUAACGAAAACGAUAAAUGAGAACCUUGCAAAUCGACGGUUAGUUUGGAUUGCCCGUAAGCCAAUUAACUUUACUCGCAUAGAAUCUCUCUUGGCACGAUCGAUUCAGCAGAACCAUUUUGCAAAUUUUGGACCUUGUGUAGAGCAGCUAGAAGCUUUUUUGGGAAAAAUACUUGAUAUAAAUCCAACCAAAGCCGUCAUUCUAACGAAUAAUGGAAGUGCAGCUUUGCACGCUAUUAUUGGUGGCCUGCAGAUUUAUCAAAAGAAAAAGCUCAGAUUUGUAACUCAAGCAUUCACCUUCCCAACAUCAGCACAAUGCAAUCUAACCGGUACAGUCAUAGUAGACAUAGAUAACGAUCUUGGGUUGAACCUAGAUUUAGUUGAUAUUGAUGCUGUCGAUGGUAUUAUCGUCACAAAUGUGUUCGGUCACGUUGUUGAUAUAAAAAAAUAUACAGAAUGGGCCGCCAAAAAUAAUAAGUAUCUUAUUUUCGACAACGCCGCCACUUCGUUUACUUUUUAUGAAGGUAAGCCAGAAUAUUGCUUCCUCUGA